CAGAGGGAUGUCCCUCCUCUUUUAAUUGUUCUCUCUCAUCGGAGAUUAGAUUCGAGAGUACUCUCGUUGGGGAAAAAAACCAGUGCCGAAAGUCUUCAACUUCUAAAAGAAAGGGUUGUCGGAAAAGAUGUCAGGGGCGCAGGGAGCACAGCCGCCGGGAGCGACGACGGCGACGACGUACGAGUCGGUGGAAGGAGGGGAGAACAAGGCGAAGCUUGACAUCCGUUCGAAGGAGGACGAGGGUGGUGUUGAGGUUGAUAAACUCCAGGAUAAGGUCCCCGACGCCGCCGGCCACGGCGGGCCGGUAUUCGGUGCAGGAAAAGGGGAGGAUGAGAACGAGAAAGAUUUGGGUGUCACUGGAACCGCCUGAAUCUGAAUCCUACCAUAAGAUUAAUGCCCAAAAUUUUAGUGCAUCAGGGUUUUUAUCCUGGCAUGUGACGGGUCUUUUAUGCGCUAGAAUUUUGGCAUUAAUAAAAACCGUCGGGUCAUUGGCAUCACCCUUUUGUCAAUUGUGUUCUGUAUAUAUUGUUGUGUUUAAGGUAUAACAUUUGUGAUCUCUCCCUCUCUUUGUUUGCGUGUGUGGUAUGUAGGGUUAUGUGCUUGUGUAAAGAACUGUCCUAAUUGAAGGAACUAUUCAGGUUGGGCAUUGCUAGCAAA